CUUACUAGCUAGACUUUUCUCAGUUUCAUAUAAAACGAAAAUAGCUUUAUUGAGCAACUCCUUUUCCUCCCUAUGAGCAUAUUCUGGGAGCCUACUGGGUGUCAGGCCCCAUGCUGAAACACCUGUUCAAUCUUCACACAUGCCUCCUUAGGAGCCUGCCAUUUUGCAGGUGGGUAAACAAUCUCUUAGAGGUCUGGCUCUCCAAAGUAAUGGACUCCCAGUUCUGCUGGAUUGAAAACGAGCGACGCAGAACAGGGGCCUCUCAUGGUAACAGGGCUAUGCACUCUACUGGAUACUGCCUCAGCAGAGGGUUCUGGGGACUUAAUGCCCUGUGGACACUCCCAGGUUCCCUAAUCAUAGUUACACCACCUCCAUCUGUGUGCGUUCGCGUUUCCUCAGUUUUGAGAUGAGAUAAUGGCACACCCGGAGGCCUCUCCUGGCCCUGGCACUUAUCAGGUGUCCCAGGCCCUACCUGAAAACUCAGCGUAGGCCCAGACCGGGCACUGAAGCUACCGAACCUCGAUGUGGAAGCUGACGCAACGCGGGUCAUUCUGGCUGGGGACCCUAUACAGCACACUGGAGCGGCUUCCCGUGCAAAGGGGCGGGGCGGCGCGUGCGCACAAAGUCGCCGCGGGAAAUUGAAAAUUGGCCGGGCUUAGAGCCCUUGGCACUGUCUGGACAUGGGCGCGGCGGCGGGUCUGGCGCGACGGCUGCGGGCUGCUCUGCAGGAGGAGGAGCCGCGGGCGGUGGAAGAACUGCUGCGCCGCGGUGCGGACCCCAACAUGGUGCUCGUGGACGGCGCGGCGGCCAUACACUUGGCGGCCAGAGCCCGGUACCCUCGCGGCCUCUGCUGCCUCCGGGCCCUGCUGCACAGAGGCGGGGACCCCAAUGCUCGAUCUGCAGAAGCGCUGACUCCGCUGCACGUGGCAGCUGCCUGGGGCUGUCUCGGUGGUCUCACACUGUUGCUGAGCCAAGGAGCAGACCCGGCGCUGCGUGAUCAGGACGGAUUCCGUCCGCUGGACCUGGCGGUGCAGCAGGGGCACAUGGACUGCGCCCGUGUCCUUCGGCAACUAGACACGCAGACCAGAUUCAGGACCUGGACAGAGGCAGAGACCCAAGAGCCGGAACCGGAGCCUGGCAGACCCUCUGGACCUCCCCAUGUGACACUGGAUUCCACAGCACUCCAGACCCAGCUGGGCAGAGAUGAUGGCAAUGACAUGGGCCUGGAGGCUGGUUUGGGAUCCCCCAACCUCCCUGCUGCUCUUGAGACUACAAACAAGGAUAGGAGCUCAGUGUUCCCACUAGGAAGCCAGGACUGCAGCUCAGAUGCCUCCUUCAUCACUGCCAUUGAAGUCUCUGGAGCCGAGGACCUAGCCCUGAAUACUUCCCCCUGGACUGGGUCAGUGCCCCAGACCAGGCAGAGACUCCUGGUUGGUGUCUGUCCCACCCAGGGGGCACCAAAGUCUCCCGGUGCCCCACAGCUGGCACGUGGAGCCAUAACUGCAUGCAAGGAGGCAGAACUGAAUGCCCAUCUGCAGGCCCUGACUCUGAUGUCAUCAGAUUCUGCUAGCUUCCCAUCCUCUUCCACGUCCCUUCUUGAUGGGAGCCUAGCUCAUAGUCCCCAGCGGACACCACUCCCUAGACCCUGUGACCUCCACAUCCAGACAGAUGACCAAGCAUCUCUUGAUAGUGACGUGGCCACCCUCUGGCUGACAGAGGAUGAGGCAAGCUUCACAGGCAACAGGGACCCUGUUCACUCCUACUGGCACCUGCCAGUCCCCACCCUAUCUGACUUGGAGCUGCCGCAGGGAACUCGAGCUCUUCGUGAGAGUCCUGGCCUCAUCAUGCCCUUUGCCCUACGACAACUGGAAGACUCCCAGGAAGCUCCUGGCCCAGACUUCUCAGGGCACAGCCCAGAACUGGCUGAGGCCCUGAGGACGGGGAGGAUCCCUCACGUCCAGGCAGACGAAGAUGCACUUGUCCAGCAGUUUGAGCAGCUAGAUCCCGCAAGGAAGUGGCGAGAGGGAGUCACAAAGUCUAGUUUUACAUAUCUGCUAAUAGACCCUAGGGAGACUCAGGACCUGCCUGCCCGAGCCUUCUUGCUGACCCCAGCCCAGUGUCUUCAGACUUUUGUCCGUGCCAUCUUCUAUGUGGGCAAAGGGACACGGGCCCGGCCAUAUGUCCAUUUCCGGGAGGCCCUUAGGCAUCGUGGACGGUCAAGAAAACAGGACUGCCCCAAGGUAUGCCGGAUCUUGGACAUCUGGGCCAGUGGUUGUGGUGUCAUCUCCCUGCAUUGCUUUCAGCAUGUGGUUGCUGUGGAAGCUUAUACACGGGAGGCGUGUCUUGUAGAUGCCCUAGGAAUCCAGAUGCUGACCAACCAGAAACAAGGGCACUACUAUGGAGUAGUGGCAAGCUGGCCACCCACUCGGCGUCGGCGUUUGGGGGUACAUCUGUUGCACCGUGCCCUCCUUGUCUUCUUGGCUGAAGGCGAGCGAGAGCUGCGUCCUCAAGAUAUCCAGGGCCAUGGCUGAGUUCUAGGGAAUCAGCCAUCUAGCCUGGGUAGAGAUCAGGGUGUUUGAAUGUGAAAAUUAUGAAAAUUAAUAACCCCCUUGCUGAGAGAAGCUUCCCAUCUCUGGUUUCAGAAGGCAUGGACAUGUGUGUAUAUGUGUGUGUGUGUGUGUGUGUGUGUAUAGGGAACACCAGGGUAGAUCCCCCCGUUAGCUUGAAAGGGGACUUUAUUACAGAUGGUACUGCUGGAGAGGUGGGGAGCACCCCAUUCUAAGAGUGAGCCAAGUGGGGAACCAGAAGGUUCUUUGAAAUACUCCAGUGCUUUGGAGAUUUUGUCCAGUCUUUGUGGACACAGACAAAGGUUGGACACUUCGGGUAUCUGUCUAGUUCAAGAGCUGCUUGCCAACUGUAGGAUCUCCAACCAGCAGUUUAUCUUAGUGAGCAUCAGUGUCCUCUGCUGUACAAUGGGAGCAGGGAGAGAUCCUAUCUCAGGAGGUCAUUGUAGGCAUUAAAUGAGGUCAUGUGGGUAAAGUGUGUGGCUCAGAGACUACAACUGAGGCCCAGGUGGAAAAUCUCCAGAGGGAAGGGGAGAUGGGCAGGGAUCUUCAGGGACCACAGUGUGGUGAGGCAUAGGCAGGGCCAGGGAGGUUGAGGGAGUAAAUGUAAGAGACCAGCUCUUUCUGGAAUUGUGCAACUGUAGCCUUCUGGUGUUGCUUCUCUGAAUCUGUUUCUUCCAUUAUAAAAUGUGAUUAACAGGCCAGGCAUAGCUCACGCCUGUCACCCUAGUACUUUCAGAGGCCGAGGGAGGAGGAUUGUUUGAGGCCAAAAGUUGGAGAUCAGCUUGGGCAACAUAGUAAGACCCUGUCUCUUCAAAAAAUUAAUAACCACAUUUCCAAGUGAUACUAUGUGACUUCAGACUAUUCCUAUCAUAUGUUCAAAGAAUGUCAGUAAAGGCCAAGCCACCAUUCUGGUAAGAUGUGGCUGCUGUGAUUUAUGGGCUAGUUUUGUGAGGGUGGUAGUAGUGGUGGUGGUGGGUGUCAUUUAAGUUUCUUCUUUUUUUAUUUUGGGACAGAUUUUCUCAUUGUUGCCCCCAGUAGAGUACUGUGGCAUCACAGCUCACAGCAACCUCAAACUCCUGGGCUCAAGUGAUCCUCUUGCCUCAGCUUCCCAAGUAGUUGGUACUACAGGCUUCCACCACAAUGCCUGGCUAUUUUUAGAGGCAGGGUCUCAGUCUUGCUCAGGCUGGUCUUGAUCUCCUGAGCUCAGGUGAUCCACCUGCCUCAGCCUCCCAGAGUGCUGGGAUUACAGGGAUGAGCCACUGCACCUGAUUGCUUCAAAGGGCCCAGUGGGUUUAAACAAUUGCAAACCAGUUGGGGAGGGGGCCAUCAGAGACAUGUCAAAACAAACUGUCCUUGACACUCCCCUACUUGUAUGGGAUUUUUUUUUUGUGUGUGUGUGUGUGAAAUAACAGUAUUGUGAUUAUGGUAAACACAUUUUUAAGAGUCCUCAUGGCUUAGAGCAGUUUAUCUCCUGGGUUGUUUCUGGGGAGGGGUCAUCCUGGGCCCUGUAGGGUAUUUAGCAGUAUCCCUAACCCUACUCACCCCAUUCGAGGGGCACUCUCCUGGUGUGACAAUCACAGAUGUCCCUGGACAUCACCCUGAGUCCCCUGGUGGUAGUGGUGGUGGGGCGUAGAACUGCCCUGUUUUUUUUGUUUUUAUUUUUUUUGAGACAGUCUCACUUUGUCCCUCUUGGUACAGUGCCAGAGUGCUGUGGCGUCACAGCUCACAGCAACAUCAAACUCUUGGGCUUAAGCAAUUCUCUUGCCUGUCUCCCAAGUAGCUGGGACUUACAGGCACCCGCCACAAUGCCUGGCUAUUUUUUUGUUGCAGUUGUCAUUGUUUAGCUGGCCUGGGGUGGG